AAAAAAAAGAGGAUUAAUAUUGAAUCCAAAAAAAAAAAAGAAAGAAGAGAGGUGAAAGUGUUGUUGGUUCGGCUCGUGAUCGUUCAAUUUCAAUUCCCUUUGCUCCUCCCCGGCGGCGUAAUCAUGACAACUUCAAAGAGACUCGCAGACAGGAAGAUUGAGAAAUUCGACAAGAACAUAUUGAAAAGAGGAUUCGUUCCUGAGACCACCACCAAGAAGGGCAAAGACUACCCUGUUGGCCCCAUCCUUCUCGGCUUCUUCGUCUUCGUUGUCAUUGGUUCUUCUCUCUUUCAGAUCAUCAGGACUGCAACUAGUGGAGGCAUGGCUUAAAACCAAAUAGAAUUCAAGGCGGGAGGAAGCAAUUCUCAAAUUUGAAUAUCUCUUCUUCUCUUCUGACUUGUCUCUUUUUUCUUUCCCCUUAUACUGUAGAAUGUGUUAACUUUCUGUUUAUUACUACAUGUUAUGAAGAAUUUUGAGUCUUUUCUAAAAAUAUCCAACCUUUACGUUUAUAUU